AUAGGGAAAUGCAGCCGGAGGCUGAAAGUGACAGAUCCCAUCGUAACAUAGAGAAGCGGGGCGAUUCGGAAAGGGCAGAGUGACUAAAUACAACGCUGAAAACAAUAUCUACCAAUAUUGAACAAUCGCGCCUGUAUUUUGUGAUAGACUGAAAUAGUUUCUGCCUAGUUCGAUAGCUAACGAUGCUCGGUCAGAGUCAUGAUAGCGCUGGCUAGCUAAGCUAGCUAGUGUCUGGUGGGGUUGGCAGACAUCUCUUGCUGUCCUUUCGCGUUCUCUCAUCUGCUGUCAUAUUCGCUGGCGGAAGGGGGCUCGGUGACUGGAACUGUGGAGGGGGCGGCACGGAUAUAGACCCCCUGGACACUCGGGUGGACAUACCCCCCAAUCGUGGUGACCCAAAGAAGAGGCCAUGACGGAGCUCUCUGCCCUCGCGCCCUCUCCCCCCGGGCUGGGGGGCCGCGCCUCCCCCCCCCCCCUGUCCACAGCCCCUCCUCAUCCUGUUGAGCCCACAGACCCCCCAAAACCAACCCCGGUACCCAAGUCUACCCUGUACGGGGAUCCGGCCGUGAAGGGUCCCCCUGUGUCAAGAGCACCCCCUUUGGCUGAAACACCCCUCCCCCGCUGGCCCCCUCCUCCCGGGCCUGAUCCGCACCCUAACGUCAGCGUAGACCUGCCCCUCCCCUGCUUGCCCACACCACGUGUCGCCCUGGCAACUGAGGAAGUGACGGCAGAGGGCCCCCAGCCGCCGCGAGAAGGAACCCCACCACAGUCCCCGAAUCUGGAGCCCCCUAGCCCCCCUGCCCUCCCCGUCCCGGCGGUCCGUGAGCCUGCCCUGUCUCGCGCCCCGGACUCGCUCAGCUACCUGGAGUCAGCCAGCCUGCUGUCGGGCACGCUGGAGUCACUGUCAGGCCUGGGGGAUGACGGCAGCUCGCUGGGCUCCGACUCCGAACUCAACGGGGCCGUGCUGAGGCGUACAGACAAGUACGGCUUCCUGGGAGGGGCCCAGUACAGCGACGGCAGUGAGAAGGAGAGCAGGGUGGACGUGGCGAGACAGAGAGAAAUGAAGUGGCUGGAGAUGUUCAGCAGCUGGGACAAGUGGGUCUCCAGACGCUUCCAGAAGGUGAAAUUGCGCUGUAGGAAAGGCAUCCCUUCCUCUCUCAGAGCCAGGGCCUGGCAGCUGCUCUCCAACAGUGCAGAGCUGCUGGAGUCCAACCCCGGCAAGUUCGAGGAGCUGGAGAGAGAGCCGGGAGACCCUAAGUGGCUGGACAUCAUUGAGAAGGACUUGCACAGACAGUUCCCCUUCCAUGAGAUGUUUGCUGCUCGCGGUGGGCAUGGGCAGCAGGACCUGUUCCGGAUACUGAAGGCGUACACGGUGUACCGGCCAGAGGAGGGCUACUGUCAGGCCCAGGCCCCAGUGGCAGCGGUGCUCCUCAUGCACAUGCCUGCGGAGCAAGCCUUCUGGUGUCUGGUGCAGAUCUGUGAGACAUAUCUACCUGGUUACUACAGCGCUGGCCUGGAAGCCAUCCAGCUGGAUGGGGAGAUCUUCUUCGCCCUGCUCCGACGCGUCUGCCCCAUGGCCUACCGCCAUCUGAAGAAGUUUAAGAUCGACCCCAUCCUGUACAUGACGGAGUGGUUCAUGUGCAUCUUCUCCCGCACUCUACCCUGGGCGUGCGUACUGCGCGUCUGGGACAUGUUCUUCUGUGAAGGUGUGAAGGUGGUGUUUCGCGUGGGGCUGGUGCUGCUGAAGCUGACUCUGGGGUCAGUAGAGAAGCUGAAGGAGCUGCAGGGCAUGUAUGAGACCAUGGAGCGACUGAGGAACAUCCCCCCUGAGAGUGUGCACGAAGACGUCCUCAUAACAGAGGUCUGCUCUGUGCGGGUGUCGGAGACCCUGAUCGAGCGGGAGAGCAGUCUGCAGGUGCGUCGGUGGCGUGAUUCCCGCGGGCCGCUGAGCCACCAGCCGGGCCGCCGGCUGCACGGGUCCCGCAGCAUCCACCAGCUGCAGCGCCGCUCGGCUGCCCUCAGCUCCGGCGGGAGCUUCUCCUUCCUGGGCCCCGCGCCCCCCCCCGGCCCGCUCCGCGCCUCCUCCAGCCUGCUCUCCCUCCCCGGCUUCCGCCGGUCCAAAGCCCCCUUCCUGGCUCCCUCCAAGAAGGCCUCCCUCUAUGGGCUGGAGCCUGCGCAAAGCUCCACCCACAGCCUGGCCUCAAAGCCACCGUCCGGCCCGCCAGCCCCCAGGGCCCAGACUCAGGGCGCCCCGGCCCCCGGACCUGCCGGGGCCAAAGCCCCACUCCCUCCCCACACCCUGUCCCCCAAGGUCGUCUCGGAGCAGAUCACCCCCACCAUCCCGUCCCCCACCGCCAACAAUGCCCCCAUGCCCCCCUCCCUGCCUGGGGAAAAGGGGCCGCCCACGGCAACGGCAGCGGCAGCGGAAGAAGGGAAGAAGAAGAAGAAGAGGAGCAAGGACGAUAAGAAGAAAGAGAAGGAGGAGGAGAAGAACAGGGCUCGAGAGCGCAGGGAGAAGGACCGGGCAGAGAAGGAGCGGCAGAGGAAGGAGAAAGGGGGCAAGAAAAAGGAGAAGGAGAGAGAGAAGGGGGGAGUGGGGGGUGGGGGUGAGCCAGAGGAGAAGAAUGGUGCCACAGCUCCCAGAGAUUUGGCCUAAUUUCACACAGAGGGUUAGGCAGGCCUAAUUUCACACAGAGGGUUAGGCAGGCCUAAUUUCACACAGAGGGUUAGGCAGGCCUAAUUUCACACAGAGGGUUAGGCAAGAUUUAUUUCACACGGAGGGUUAGGCAAGAUUUAUUUCACACGGAGGGUUAGGCAAGAUUUAUUUUACAUAGAGGGUUAGGCAGGCAGGCCUAAUUUCACACAGUGGGGUAAGCCAGCUUAAUUUGGCACAGGGAGCUUUUGGCAGGCCAAAGCAGAACAGCCCCGAACAGCGUGAGAGAUGAAGAGUGGUCUGUUGUAUGUCAUGCACUUGACCACAAGGACACCGUAAUAUUGCCCGCUUUCGAAGGUUGCAGUGGCUACAACUAGAUUGUAAUUUUUCAACAUCACUGACUUUGCUCUCUCUGGUCCUAAAGAAUCAGACCGAUCCCCACGCCCCAGUCUCUCUGGUCCUAAAGAAUCAGACCGAUCCCCACUUCCCAGUCUCUCUGGUCCUAAAGAAUCGGACCGAAACUAAAACACAUUCCCACAGCUGCCUGCUAUGGCCUCGUGUUUUAUUUCAUUUUGUUAUGCUUUUUUAAAAUUGAUGUCUUUAUGAAGGAGAAGAAUCAGAUGACAUCAGGUUGACAUGCUGGUGGACUAGAAGUUGGGCACAGCUGGUGCUGAGCUGUGUGUGUACAUAGUCUGCCCAUUUCCCACCCCGCUCCACUCACUCAUUUCCUGUGUCUAACUGGAAUGCCAAAAAAAAACACAGCCUCGAAGGAAAGUCAUAAAAUACCUCCUGGGCGACGAUAAGUGUCAAUAUCGGCUGCUCUGGAGGAGCUAUUUAUUGCAGUGUUGUUUGUGUGUUAUUAUGGUGUAGAUUGUUGUGGCCAAGCCGGACUUGUUCCCUUCUCCAUCUCCCUCUCUCGUGGGGUACAGUCUCUCCAUCUCUCAGUAAAAUUUGUAAACGGAGGGAAAGAGGGGAUUCAGAAACAGGAGAGGAGAAAAGAGAUGGGACGUUAAUGCCUGAAGGAUGAGUACACCAAGACUAACUGUUAAAUGUGUUAUUGUACGCUGUCCCCAAGACUUUUCAUUUUCAAGUUUUUUUCAAAGUAUUGCAUGUUGCUCUCUUCCUUUUGUAAGUUUACAGAAACUUAAACAUUGCAGAAAAGGGGAUUAUUCCUGGGAGGCUUCGGGAAAGGAAGCCCCUUAUUGUUCACAGAUCUGCCUUCAUGGUCGUAAAUGAACUGGAAAGCAAAGCGGGCCGUUCACCAACACUCCCUCCUUAAGCUCUUCAUCCCCUUCAGCUGCGAUGGCCUUGGAGAAGCUCCAGACGGACGGGUUCUGCCUGAAGCCCAAAGUCCUUCUCGCCAGGUGUAGGAGGCAAAUCUCAAGUCUUUGCGAUGGUGUUCUUGCAGGUUUCAUUCUAGUGUUAGAUUGAAAAAGGCGCACUGUUAAUGGACAGAAAGAUAAUUGGAUUGGAAAUCAUGCACCUGUUAAUGCGUACCAACCCGGAUAUUAAGUCUGUUUACAACGUAUGUAUGCAUUUCAAUUGAUAUUAUUUGAGCAGAAAAUUUAGAGAAUCAUUUUUGUACCACUAUAUAAAACUUAGUGUGCAUUUCAAAUUGAUACUUAAUAUUGCUCCACCAAAAUUGUGCUGGUAAUUAAGUGCCACCAAUUGACCAAGCCCAUGGAUAUGGUGAAGAGUCAGGGACACAAGAACCACCCGAGUUCUUUCUGUAGUCUAAUGUAGCAUUAACCGCCCAACAGGCUGUAAGAUAUGUAUACAUACAUUUCUUUAAUUUAAUCAGAUAUCCUAUAUAUUAUGUAUUAUUUUUUACUUUGCAUUUCAUUAUUUUUCUAUGAUAUUGAAGAUGCCUGCUUGACUGGAACACAAGGAGGUUUUAGAAGUCCCAGUGUCCGGUGUUAAGGGUAUGUCGGACAUAUUUUGGUGUGCACAAGGAGACAUUUUGCACAUAUUCUGUUAAAGAAUAAUGAACUAAUUAAUAUUUGUACUGUAGUUAUGAGAUGGCAGUUUUUUGUUAGUUUUUUUUAAAUGGGAGCAGUCCAAGAUGUACAUGCUUGGAAUAGCCAAAGGGGGCCCACCACUUUCCUUCUGAUGGAGUCCUGCCUCUACAAGGAAGCGAGGGGGGCCGUUGUCAUAAAACUAAUAACUAAAACUGUGCUGUUGUCGUCGCUACUGCAUUAGCUGUUGUUGAGUCGUACCUCCACGACGUAUGGCAAUUACCAAAAUGUGCUGUUCAGACAGGUUCCAGACUAGAAAUCAGCACUGCCUGUGUGCAUCUUGAGUUCUACAGAGGCCAGGGCUCACCAUGCAAGGCCAGUACUUUGAAAAUAAAAAAAACAGUCAAGAUCAAUAAAUGCGCAAAACCUUGUUUUGAGCCCCUAUUAAAACUAAACAAAAUUUUCUCAAUUUUCUUUGCCAAAACCCGUUGGGACUUUGGUGCCACUUCAUAUUGGACUUGAAACUGAAAGGGUUAACAUGCAGCUUUCAAAUCACCAGUGACUAAUUCCACGAUUGGUGUAUGCUAGCACUCACUGCAGUUCUAGAGGGGCAAAAGAAGGGUGCCUUGUUAUAACAGCACAUAUGGUCGUGUAUGGAUGACUCAGUUGGGCCCUCUGUUUGGAGUUGAAGUGUUAUUACAGGUCUCCCCAUCGUUAUGGACAUACAGGGUUUGGCGAGUAUUACAGUGAAUGGCGUAUUGCGAGCAGUGGAGUCAGUGUGAGUGUGUGGAAGGGGACUGACGGCUGGCUGCAGGGACAGAGGCAGUUAAAUGGCUGUGUCGUGCUGUUUGGUCUGGGUGGGGUUAUGGCUGUGUGCUGUUUGAUGUGGGUGGGGUUAUGGCUGUGUGCUGUUUGGUCUGGGUGGGGUUAUGGCUGUGUGCUGUUUGAUGUGGGUGGGGUUAUGGCUGUGUGCUGUUUGGUCUGGGUGGGGUUUUGGCUGUGUUCUGGGUUGUUUGGUCUGGGUGGGGUUAUGGCUGUGUGCUAUUUGGUCUGGGUGGGGUUGUGUGUGCUGUUUGGUCUGGGUGGGGUUAUGGCUGUGUGCUGUUUGGUCUGGGUGGGAUUGUGUGUGCUGUUUGGUCUGGGUGGGGUUGUGUGUAUGGUUAAACAGGGACAAACGGAACCCUUCCCUGUGAGAGAGGUGCGCUCCGCUCCGCUCCGGAGUUUGGUUGCGGCUCUAACUGGAGUCCUGGAUACCUUUCCUUUCCCUUCCCUGCUGCUCUCUGCUGCUCCCUGCUUUUCCCCGCUGCUCCCUGCAACUCCCCGCUGUUCCCUGCUGCUCCCCGCUGCUCCCCACUGUUCCCCGCUGCUCCCUGCAGCUCCCCGCUGUUCCCUGCUGCUCCCUGCAGCUCCCCGCUUCUCCCUGCAGCUCCACGCUGCUCCCUGCUGCUCCCAGCCACAAACGUCUGAAAGUAUGUUCUCUGGAACAACACUGCUGGACCUGUCUGUAUUUUUUCAUGUUUUGCCGCUGGUCCCGUUUCCUCAGUCUGUGCUUAAUUUAAGGUUUUUCUUUUUAUUUUUUGUUUUUGGGUGAUCUUUAUCUUCUUGUCACUUUUUUCUGUACAGUCUGUUUUAAAGUUUACAAGAAACCAUGAUUGUUAAAAAUGAAAUAAAUAAAUUAAUAAUAUACAUCAUUCCUUAACUGUGGAAGAAAAUCUACACUCCAAUGUACUUAAUGAAAAUAAUGGUGAUGAAUAAUAAAUAAUCUAUUAAAGGUC